UCCCAUCCGUUGAAUAUUGCCAACUUCCCCCUUUCAAUUCACCCCCCAAAAUUUCUCAUUUUAAUUGUACUACGUUUUGUAUAAACAGUUUACAGUAGCGCAUUCCAGGUCCACAUUUUCAAAUGGAGGAAACUGACGGAUCUCCAGCGCCGAUGGCGGAGCCGGUGAACGAAAGACCGAGGAGGAACAAGAGAAAGUCGUCGGUAGCGGAUAUCGACGCGUCUCCAGAGCGCAAUUUAAAACGGCCGUCUUUGAGACGAGGAAGUUCUUUUACUUUCCUGACACCUGGACCCCAGUGGGACUUCACGCUGAAACGCAAGCGUAGAGAGAAGGACGAUGCAGAUGCUGUCAGUCUAUGCAGCUUUGACUUCAAGGAACCCUGUACUAAGCGUGUGCGGCCUCUCGGCCGAGUGACCUCGCUGGCGAACCUCAUCUCUCCCGUGAAGAAUGGGGCCGUCCGACGCUUCGGCCAGACCCUCCAGGCCUCGUUUCGGGGCGACGGGCGGUCUCCGGGUGUGCCCCAGCAGAAACCCUGCAGCAAGGCCGCGGCUCCCACACCACCCAAGCGACGAAACAGCAUGCUCUGGUCCGAGACCCUGGACGUCCAUCAGAAAGGAACCUUUUCCACCAAAGAGAUUAAGAGACAAGAGGCUAUUUUUGAGCUGUCUCGAGGAGAACAGGACCUGAUUGAAGACCUGAAAUUAGCCCGAAAGGCGUACCAUGAUCCAAUGCUGAAACUUUCUAUCAUGUCUGAGGAGGAGCUGACAGCCAUCUUUGGAGACUUAGAUGCGUAUAUUCCUCUUCAUGAAGAUCUUCUCGCUCAUUUGGCGAAGGCUACAGGCCCAGAUGGCACAGUGGGACAGAUCGGCAAGAUUGUUGUGGACUGGCUGCCAAGGUUAAACGCGUACAGGGCAUAUUGCAGUAACCAGCUGGCCGCCAAAGCCUUGCUUGACCAGAAGAAACAGGACCCAAGAGUUCAGGACUUCCUACAGCGCUGCCUUGAGUCACCUUUCAGCAGGAAACUAGACUUGUGGAGCUUCUUAGACAUCCCUCGUUCACGACUGGUCAAAUACCCCCUUCUUCUGAAAGAGAUUUUAAGACACACACCACCAGAUCACCCAGACACAGCAAGCCUUGAGCAGGCAAUAAGCAUCAUUCAGGCCGUGUUGGCUGACAUAAACAUGAAGAAAGGGGAGUCCGAGUGUCAGUACUAUAUCGAUAAGCUGGAAUAUUUGGAUGACAGACAGAAAGACCCUCGCAUAGAGCAGUGCAAGAGCCUGCUUUGCCAUGGGGAACUUCGCAACAAAAGUGGCACGAAGUUGCAUGUGUUUCUCUUCACGGAGGUUCUGGUCUUGACCCGGCCUGUUACGCGGAACGAUCGGCAUUGUUUCCAGGUGUACCGCCAGCCGAUCCCAGUGCAGGAUCUCGUAUUGGAAGACCUGCAGGAUGGAGACGUCCGCAUGGGCGGCUCAUUCCGAGGGGCCUUUAGUAAUGCCGAUAAAGCCAAGAACAUCUUCCGGGUACGCUUCCAGGACCCAUCUCAUGGCCAGUCCCACACACUGCAGGUCAAUGACAUCUUCCACAAGCAACAGUGGAUCAAUUGCCUCCGCACUGCCAUGUCGACCCAGAAAGAUUCGCCGCUCCCAGAGAGUGAAUCCUUGUCCACCCCUGCCAGUACCGACAUUUGCACCAAAAGGAGCUCGUCUUCCGUCUCCGCCAUCAUCCAUAUGGAAGAGACGGAUGAGAACUGUCCACGGGCCGCGGCCUCCGCCCCUUCGUCCCCCAGCUCUGAGGAGCCCCCCAGCCCCACGCCCUCCGCAACCUCCACUCUCUCCUCGUCCUCUUCAUCAUCUUCAAUUUCCGCCCCUUUCCUGCACCGCAAAUCCAAAAAGGACAAGCGUUCAAUCUGCUCGUUGGGCAAGAGAAAGGAGACCAUGGUGUAAAGACUAAGCUAUCCCAGGGUGCACAUGGAGUGGCACUGUGUGGAGGACUUGUAUUUAUGUGCGUGUAUGGACUGUGUGUUUCUACAGCAGUGUUUUUGUUACUGUCCACAAUGGCAGCUAUUAUUACCAAAUCCCUCCCCCCAAAACCCUCCCAGGUCCAUGUGGGCCGCACCAGUACCAGAAAGACAGUAUUCGUGAGGCGACUGUGUGGAUCUCAAGGGAUUGAAGAUUGAAGACACAUCCCGCACACUUUAAAUCACCACGUUGGUUUGUGUGAAAGGGCAAGAUCACACAUCUAGUCUUGUUUAUUGUUAGUUUGGUCAUAUUUUUUUUUAUUUUAUUAAUAUUGAUUUAUUUUUUUUGUAAUUAAAAGUUUUACUUUUUUCAAACUUAUCAAUAAGAUAUUUACUGUAGCUCUUUUUUGUUUUUAUUAAAAGCACUGUGUUUAGCUUUUAGAAGGGAAGAAUACCCACUGAGAAAAAAAAAAUGAAAUAUCCAAAGCAAUGAAUACUUUGUAAAAGUCUGAUUCAUAGCUCUACUGGAAGGCAAGUCUUACAAGUACAUUCCCAUUAAACAGAUGUUUUAUCAGCUCCAUUUUAUAUUUAAAUUAGAAGGUAUAAUUUUUAUCAAGACAAAAUGCUACAUUUUGUAGCAAUUUGAUUUCAAACUGUCCAAAUGGAAAAUUAGCUAUUUUGUUAAUGCAGAAAUCAAACCUGAGCCAUAAGUUUUCCCCCCCCCCCAAAAUGAUGGAUGAAUAUUUCAAUGUGGCAUCUUGCAUGGAGCUUUACUUGUUGAGUCCUGCCUGUAUUAUCAUGAGGGCCCAGUGCAUGUACAUGCUUGUCAAAGCAGAAAGUUGUUGUAGAAACGGACUGUCGGAUAGAAGAAAAGUUGAAUGUCGAAUGAGGGCUUGAGAAAUGUUGAUGUGAGAUUUAGAAGGAAACUUUGGAAUAGAGUUGGAUACGACUAGAUGGACUUGAUGAUUGGCGCUACUCGAUAUUAGCAACCAUUCAUGGACAUUGGUUUGCUGUUAUUCAUAUUUUCGUAGUGUCUUCAUGAAGUAGGAAGGUUUGAUACACUUGUUUAAAAGCCAAGAUGUUGUUUUGAGAAGGAAAAUGAAAGUAUGUGUAGGAAAAUUAACAGUUUAAAGAAGGUUAAAGUAUGUUAUGACCACUUCAAAAUGUCUGUAAAAUUUGUAAAUGAGAAGGGAUGUACAUUAUUGAGAAGGACUGCGGUGUACAGUAUGUGGUGUAAAAAUCAACUAUUAAAAGAACAAUAAAGGUCUGUGUAAGAUUUGCAUCUGA